AUGGCGUCAACAACAGAGACGAGGCGGAACGAGAACAGUAGUGAGUGUACAGCAAAGGAAGAGUUCAAAGGUGGCACCAUUCUCAACACUAAAAGCCUUGAAGAUUUACCAAGUGAGCCGAGUUGUGUAUUUACAACCCAAGCCAGUGCAUCGAAACAACUGUGCAGCGAAUUUGUUAAUAAAACUAGUGUUGUGCCAGUUUCUGCCAAUCAGACUUUAGAAAGCAAACAAGCUGGUGAUAUUACACCCCUUCCAGCCAAUCACAUGUCAAAGAUUAUGCUGUCUGGUGAUAUUGUCUCUUCUACAGCCAAUCAGAUUACAGGUACUACAUUGUUUGGAGAUGUUGACCAGUCUGCAGCCAAUCAGAUAGUGAAGGACUGUGCAUCUAUUGAACACAUACCCUCUGAUGACAAUGCCAGUCUUCAACAGAAUUUACAAAAUUUACAGCCUAUACAGGCCAGUGAUGUUAUCCUGAAGGGAGAUAUUGCCUUAACGUCAGCCAAUCAGAUAACAGAAACAAUCCAAACUGGGUAUACACUCAAGUCAUCAACCAAUCAGAGUCAAAUUAUGCAUGAUACUGUUAUGUCUGCAACACGGCGUGAUGACAACAGCGGUGCUUCAGAAUUCCAAAAUUUACAACCAACUGCUUUGUGCAAUCAAAACUCAAAUAUUUACAGACAAUCGACUAAUCAAAUUCCAGAUAGUGAUGUAAUUCACUCCUCAGCCAAUCAUGUCUUUCAAACCGAAAUGUUAAUUGAUGGUGCAGCCAAUCAUGUUUUGGAUAAGGUAAAAUCAUAUGAUGAACCUUCGUCAUCCAGUCAACCGCACAGAAUUCAAAAUAUACCAGCAGAAUUGGAAAAUCAGUUGCCACUUCAACACCAACCUCUAUGUGCGACAGGAUGUGACUCCCAAACUGGUGAAGAACAAUCAUUCACACAAUGUCCCACUAAUUAUGUGCAGCAGCCGUUGCCACAAACUAAUUUCACAUCUACAGUUUACAAAUCACCAAUCACAAUAAACCAGCAGCACAUGCCAGUACAGAACAUGAGCGUAUCUAAUGGAACUGUGACAUCACUUACAAAAACGCAAUGUGUUGCAGUACCAUCUCAUUCUGCACCAGUGACAGCAUCUGGUUUCACGCCAGCAAUAUCUUCAGCUCACUCCCCACAGUUACCUUCACUGCCACAAUCUUUCACUGCAGACAUUGCGCUACAAAGCCAACCAGUGCCAGUAACUGAUUCUCAGUCUUUGAAUAGGAACACAAUGUCUAAUUCCUCUGUGGCCACCUCAAGUAUCAGAUCUGAGUAUGCUGGUUAUCCUCCACAACAAAGUUUACCAAUUUACAUGAAUCAACCAGGUGCAACAUCAAUGAUGAAUUAUAAUACUUCACCAAGCAAUUGUCUCCCACAACCAACUUCUAACCAACUCAACACCACUCCAGCUACCAAUGAUGUAUCAUAUAAUACUGCACAGCAAAUGCAAGCUCAGUCAUUGGAUUUUCAAUCCCUAGCCAUGCAAGCAUACAUGUAUCAGUAUUGGGUUAAUCAAGGUGCUAUUCCACCAUUGGCCAAUCAAAUGCAGUACCCACUUGGUGAAUUGACCAAUCAAAAUUCUCAAGUUCCAGUGUCUUUCAGUCAGUCAUCUACUAUUGGGAAACAGACUGAUAUGACAUCAUUAACAGGAACCAUUCAGAACCAGUUACCAUCCAUGCAUCAAAUGUAUGUAGCUUCACCAGAUGAUCUACAAGUUCAGCCAGGUGCACAGAGCUCAGCCAAUCAGAUCAAAUAUCAACAAAAUCUACUGUCAUCAUCCAAUGAUGCCCCAUCAAAUGAAAUGAAGCAAGGAAACAUGCCACCAAUGUCCAAUCAGAUGUUGCAGCCACAGAAAAUUCCAGGACAACAAUCAAGCUCCCAGGUGAUAGGAGCCAAGAACAGCUAUCCACUCAGUGAGCCCACUCUACAAAGUUCUCGUACUGGUGAUAGCAAAACAACCCCAAUUUCCAGUAUCUCAAAUUCACAAGGUUGUAACAAUCCAAAUCAAGCAGGAGAGUCAGUUGCAGGACAUCUGAGAGUGAGAAAUGCUAGUGAAUGCAUAAAAUCCUCACAGAAUCCUCCUCUGUCUCGGUCAGAAGCAUGGUCUAAUAAGCAACCACUUGAUGUGCAUAAUCAAAUGACAUGUAAUCAGGCAUAUCCAGUUCAGCAGAACCAUGUGAGCUCAUCUGGCUACAUUGGCACUCAGAAUGCAUACAGUAUGUCCUAUCAGCAGCAACAAACUGGUGGGCCACAUUCUAUCGGGCAGAAUGUACAGUUUAGAAGUGUGGCACCUCAAGAAAAGUUACAAGAUUUUCAAAACUCUCGCUCAUACCCAUGGUGUAAGGAUAACCUGUCAAGUGGAUUGAUUCAACAUCCUGGAAGCAUGGGAUGUGGUCCUGAUACUGGUCUGUUAACAGACUACACCUCUUUGCCAAAUAUACCACAGAGUGAUCAGUCUGCCAAUACAAAUACAGGAUGCAUAUUUUAUGAGUUGAAAAGUAAUCGGCCACAUGCACUGUAUCAAGUUUCUACUUGUGCUAGCAGUGAACAGCAGUUUGAAAACCGGCAUGUGUAUUCUCGUAUUCGUCAACCUACCCUGAGCCAGUCUUUGAAAGAUAUUAUGAACUAUGCAGACAAUCAACAAACUGAAAUAAAAAUGAACCGCUCAUCUAAGCCACCUUUGUCAACUAGAUAUCAGCCAGGUGUACGGACAACUUCAGCCAAUCAGAAAUCCAUGUUGCCAAUUAUUAAGCAGGACAGUAGCCAAUCUGCACGUCCAUUCAAGGUCUCUAUGGGCACUGAUCGAAGUUGCAUUAAUCAACAACCUCCACUAAAUGGGACAUCACCAAUUAAUGUUGCUCUACGUGCACAAACACAGAGUACAGAUGUUCCCACCUCAUCAUCUGUUUAUACUCCUAAUCUAAUGAAAAACCAAGAAUUCAACAAUGGUCCUGCAGCCAAUCGUGCUUCAGGUCCAUAUCAUGUGACAGGAGUUACUCCUGAAUAUUCAACCAAUCAUGUGCCAGUAACGAGUCAGGCGCCAAGGGUCAAUCCUCCAUUUUCACCAAAGUCAAGUAAUAAUGUUGCAGUAAGUAAAAUAUCAACUCAAGCACCUGGAUCCAGACCACUUUUACAGCAUUCCACACUGCCAACCAGACCAGUCUCUAAUGCAGUGCCAAUUGUUAACAGUGGUACUCUCCAACACAGCAGUCAGAUUCAGCCUGGUGGAAGUCUUCCAGUUUUAUCUGAUGUUGGUGCUAGUGGUAGUGCAAAAUGCCAACAAACCACACAUUUACCGUUCAGUAUGAGCAGCAACUUUCUCCCAACCUGCCCAGUAUCACUUGAUCCUUCCAAAAAACUUUCAACAACCAAUCCAAAACUGAGUAAUGCCUUUCCACUCUCCAGUGGGACUAGUCCAGUGUCUGCUGAAUUAAGCACCAACUAUCCGUUAACAAGUCAGCUAAAAUUGCAACCAAAUGUACCAGUGCCUCCAUUACCAGCAGGGGAUGAUGAACUUCUGUUCAGUCUGCUGGAAGAUCCUGAAUAUAUGUCUUUGCUGGUAGAAUUCAUUAGUAUCACAGCAAAACAACCACUUGACAAUAUGAAAACAACUUCUCCUAAAUCCUUAUCGAAACCAGUGAUGAAUGAUUCAACUAGAGAAGCAAAACCCUCAGCAUUGAAGAGUAUACCAGCACGUUCUCAGAAGAAGACAACUGCAGUUGUCACAGGAAGAUCAAGAGAACCUGUUGGCAGACCAUUGAGUACCCGCACAACAGCAGUUUCACACCCCAUCACAUUAGCUACAGCUACUACAAUACCCUCCAUUGCAGGUGCUGUUGAAUCUGUGUCCAACGCAGAACAAACUGUAUCUUCUGCGGCAUUGACCACUACAACAGCUUCUGAAUUCUCAACAAGUUUGUCUCCAGUAAUACAUGGAGCUUCAGUAGAAACAGUUGCAAAUACUCCUGAGCCUGUUAUGGCUAUAUCUACCCAAGAUGCACCAGACGCUAUUACUGAAAGACCAAUUCAAGGUGCUGAAGUAGCAGUGAGACCAACUGGGUUGGACAUUAGACCAACUGAGGUAGAAACAAGACAAAAUGGGGUGGCAAUGAAGCCAACUGAGGCAACAAUGAGACCAACUGGGGUAGCAGCGAGGCCAGCAAGACAGAAGAGUGAUGAAGUGCAACCCAUGUCAGCUCCAGUACCUACAUCCCUAUCCAUGCCACCUUUACUGCCAUUUGUUUCUCUUGCUGCAUCAGAGGAGAGUGAUAGAGUGUCAGAAGAGCUGACUACGGAUUCUUCACCUGUAUCUGACAAGGCUGAUGAUGCAUUAUCCAUGCAAGAACAAACAGAUAAUGCUCAAACUUUAAAUGUGAAUGAAUCAACUGAGAACCAUGCACCUUCAGAGGAAAGUGAAAGAAUGUCUCAGGAGCUGACUCUGACAUCUGCAUCUGUAUCUGUAGCUGUAGCUGAGGAUGCAAUUUCCCUGCAAGAACAUUCAGAUGCUGUUCCUACUUUCAAUGUGAAAGAAUCAUCUGAGGACCAUCCACCUUCAGAGGAAUGUAAAAGAAUGUCUAAGGAGCUGACUCCGACAUCUGCAUCUGUAUCUGUAGCUGAGGAUACAAUUUCCCUGCAAGAACAUUCAGAUGCUGCUCUGACUUUCAAUGUGAAUGAAUUAACUGAGGACCAUCCACCUUCAGAUGAAAGUGAAAAAUUGUCUAAGAAGCUGACUCCACCACCGGCAUCUCUUACUGAUGACACUGAGGAUGUGUUAUCCAUGCAAGAACAAUCAGAUGAUUUUAUAGUCCACUGUAGCUUGGCUACUGGAAAAGAGAAUGUUAACACCUGUCAAACAGUCAUCGAUGUAGAUAAGAGUAAUGAGUAUCAGGCAACUUUGCCAAACCUUGCAGUAGAUGUUGUAUUUGAAGCUGAUGGCCAUCCUGAUUCUUCAGAAGCUGAAUAUGGACCAGUCACUACAUCUUCAAAUGUUGCGAUAUAUAGUGCUUCAUAUGAAUCAAAUUAUGCAAGUCAUGCGACAGAACAAUCUGUAAGUGAAGCUGACAUGAAUGUUGAAACAUCACCCCCUGUUGAUACUAUGACAACUGAAGAACUAAUAAUGCCUGAGUAUAUUGCAGGUUCCGAGGGACCUUGA